UCACGUGGAGUCCGUGUUCGUUAAACCCGGUGUGGCUUCCUCCCCAGGACUUGAGCUGAGUAAACAUUUUUGUUUUUAACUAGAAUCACUUAGGCUGACACCUGUCUAUAUCGAUCAUGCUUCGCCGCAAGCCCACAGCAAUAGCAAUAACGUCUGAAGACCUCGCGACGUUUGAGGACGCGCGACUUCGCAAACUAGCCCAGGAGAAUAAAGGCCACGGUCACACCAAAAACGGUUUCAAUUUUGAUCCCAGUGAUGAGCUGAAACCUUUACCAGGCGAUAAGGCAAGAAUUGUCCGGUCGCGGGAGGAGAGGAUAGGAUUAAGUCGACGCACUUGAGCUGGCAAGUUGUGGUGGGUCAUCGAAUAACCCAACAGCAGUCAGAUUCGGGGCAUGGCUUAUUGUCUUCUUUUCGCAUAUCUUUGCAGAUCUUUCUCCCGGCUCCAUGGAAAUGGUCAAGUUGUCUUCGUUCUCCACGGUCCCAAUCAAUGCAUGCCUUCGUCAUUUUACGGAUGAGUGGGCAAUGACAUCUGCAGCUGUUGUACAUGUCUUUUACCCUAUAACUGUCAGUUACAUCAGGAGCUGGAGGGUUCGCAAAUAGAAUUGGCUUAACUGUAACCCAGGCUAUUUAAGGGCGAAAAUUAUUUAUUUAUCUUCUAUAUUUCUUCUAUGUUUCCUGGAAUUCUAACUGUAUAACUCUAUAAACAAGCAAUGGACACUCUUGUGUAUACCACUUUAACAGUGAUAUCUUGUGCAGCGAGGUGUAUUUUGCUGUGUUAACUUCUAC